AUGCUCCGCCAACUCUUAAUUUUAUCGUGUCUUCUACUCCUGUCAGUUGCUUCUCAAGGCUACAACUGUUCAGGGAAAACAGUAGUAAAUCCUCCAAAGGACCUCAGUGAGCCCUACUAUUUCCCAAAUGACUGGAAUGAAUCGAUGCCUCCGGCCAAAUAUAACCAAUCUCAAAAAUGUAAAUGGCACAUAAUCGUACCCAACGGGAUGUAUGCGACAGCCAUAUUUUAUUUAGACGCGAAAGGAACUGGAGGCUUUAUGUUUGCGUACUCGAAUGAGCGUGGGACUUGGAUAUAUGACGACGACUUCUUCCCAUAUAUCUCGACUUUUCCAUACUUUGAAUUGCUGAUGUCUGUCGACAAUGAUCCUGGAGCAUUCUCAUUCAAAGUCACUUGGUCGAAUUACCCCAACGCCUGCCAAAGAAACAUCACAUUGGACGCGUCUACUCCAGUCCCUUUAAUUCCUGACACCUGUUUCACCACCUACACCGCUCCGAAUAAUGUGGCACUCAUUGGUUUCAGCACUAAAGAAGAUUCAGAUGACCAACUUCGACAAUCGGCUGUUUUCGAAGGCGACUCUUAUAAUGGAUCAUAUUUAGGAAACUUGUGGGAUAUGCGAGGGGGGCAAAUAGUUUCCAACAGUACUCAAUUGACAGUCUACACGUUUGGAUUGAGUGAGAUCUAUGAUUAUGUGCUGUAUAUGGGAGUCGAUGCAAAAGCUGUCGGAGACGGUCAAACCAUCACUGGAACUCGCUGCCGACCUGGUGAUGGAUGUGAAAUACCUGUUAGAACUGGAUAUACUGUAGCUACCGUAUCGGAAGACGCCGAUUAUUUAAUAAUACCCAGAUGGUAUUCAGAUAAGGGCACUCUAAAAAUUUACGAAGGAAAACUGAGCGAAGAUAACCUUUUGACGACGGUGAACCAAUCCGAUUACAAUUACAAAUUUCCUAUGGCUGUCAAAAACAAUGUGAAGUUCUACACUUUUCAAAACGGCAGCGUUAACAUUCCUCUCACCAACGAACCGCCUUUGAGCUAUUACAAAGUUGCUCCUGGUCGCAUUGUGAAUAUUCAUUCAUUCUAUUAUCGACAAUUAAGCAGUCAACAAUACACAAAUGAAACUUACACCACCACCAGUACAGAUGUAAAAGUGUAUUUCAACUUGGAUGUGAAGAGUUUCGAUGUGAUCGGGCCCACGUAUUUGGAUAUCAGCGUUUUUCGAGAUGACCAAGAGGUCUUCCAACAGAGAUACAAAGAAACCAACCGUCCACCUACUACCACUCUCCGCGUUCUUGGAGAUAAGAUUACUGUAACUUAUGACACGUUAGGGUACAAUACUACAGGUUUUGAAAUCAACAUGUUCUGCACGGAAGAUGACCAAACAACGACCACUACAAGCACUACUUCUACUUCAACUACAACAGUUGUCACGACUACAACCGUCCCGACUACAACUCAGUCCACUACGCCGACGACUAAACCAACUACAACCACCACUCCCAAAGCAAUUCCAACUACAACUAGCACAACAAUGAAAACUACAACUACAAAGUUCUCUGCUACUAACAAGUGUUCUUCAAUUUUUCUGCUAUUGUUCUUAGUGAUGUUAUGGUAG